AUGCCUGGGAAGAUAAAGGUGAAAGUGUUGGCAGGCCGGAACCUCCCGGUGAUGGACCGGGCUAGUGAUACGACGGACGCGUUCGUUGAGAUAAAAUUUGGGAGUAUCACACACAAGACUGAUGUGUGUAGAAAGUCCCUGAACCCUCACUGGAACAGCACAGAGUGGUACAGGUUUGAGGUAGACGAAUCAGAGCUUCAAGAUGAACCCCUCCAGCUUCGACUGAUGGACCAUGACACGUACUCCGCGAACGAUGCUAUCGGAAAAGUAGUGAUCAGCCUUGCUCCACUGCUGGCGAGGGAAGCCAACAACGCCAAGAGUACUGCUACACCUCAUGGGGGUGCAGUGAUGUCCGGUUGGAUCCCUGUCUUCGACACGAUGCACGGCAUCAGAGGCGAAUUGAACGUCAUCGUGAAAGUGGAGCUGUUCUCAGACUUCAACAAGUACAAAACUUCCAGCUGUGGAGUGCAAUUCUUUCAUUGUCCAAUGAUACCUCCAGGCUACAGAGCAACUUCUAUCCAUGGAUUUGUUGAAGAGCUGGUGGUAAACGACGACCCUGAAUACCAGUGGAUUGACAAGAUCAGAACCCCUAGAGCAUCCAACGAAGCGCGACAGGUGGCCUUCAUCAAACUUAGUAACCAGGUCCAGCGUUUAGUAGGUCUGAAAGCAGCUGAGCUGGGGGCCAACGCUGUGGUUGGUUACCAACAGGACUUCGAUCUGGAAGGGGAAGCAGGAGUUGUGGCUAGAGCUAUCGGUACCGCCGUCAGUAUAACUCCUCUACCCAUGCCAAGUCAAACGUUAAACAUGCCACCUUGCACGCAACAGAGUGAACGAGACAGGGAUAGGCGCGACGAUAAGAGCGACAAGGACAGAGGAUCGCCGCGCCAUGCUCGUCAUGAGUCGUACGGGGGGAGGGAGCCGGCUCAGGCGGCGCAUGCGCAGAACUCUUCCUUGAACGCCACGUCGACGCCACUUGGGAUUCACAGGAGGUCGUCCGAUUCUGAUCUUAGUGUAACGCCUAAAGGUGGAUCACUAAACACAUCGGCGGGUAACGUAGGUAGCGGUGGUGGCGCCAUCUUGCGGCCGUCUAUGAACAGCAACAACCUGGACAUGCUGGAAUAUCCGUUCCUUACCAUGACAGAGUAUCCGCCGGGAUUUAUUGUGCAUAUUGGUGGUACAGUAUGCGCUCGUUCGGUGAAGCUAGCGGACGGCGGGGAGGGCGCGGCGCGCGCCGCCUGGUGGGCCGAGCUCAGGACUGAGCUGCGGGCGCAUGCGCGGGCACUGCGCUGUAACGCCGUCAUAGCGUACACUGAGAACACUGCUAUUUGCGAGGACGUGUGUGUGCUCUCAGCGUCCGGUACAGCGGUAGUGAUCAACUUAGACUGCGACUUCAAUGCCGAGCCAGAACCUAAUUCAGCCCCAGCAUCGUCGGUUUCGAAGCACGGCGAGGAGUCCGACAGUGAGUCGUGCAGUAUGUCUCACGUGCCGUACUCGCCGGGCGCCGGGCCCUACCGCGCCGAGCUCGCCGUCUGCGGGGGAUGUCGACGAGCCCGCGUGCCUACAGUAUUGCUCGCGACAUGUUCGAAGCCCAACAAGUUGGCGUCACACGCCAAAGCCGUCACACUCACUGCCGUCGCGGCUCGAGUGAGAAGAGCGCCGCCUACAUCAGAGCCGGGUGCCAGGGACAUCUCCGACCAACUGCCCUUUCUAGAGUAUGAACUACACAAGUUACUGCUCGCUAAACUUAGGAUGCAGGGCGCCAACGCGAUAUUCUCGCUACAGACUCAGAUAGCUAUCGGCGAGCGGUGCGUGAUGGCGCUGGCCACGGGCACGGCCUGCAGGCUCGCUGCACUCCCGCCGCCCACGCCGCCCAGGAUAAAGGCGUCAGAAAACGACAAAGAUGCGUUGGAAAUACAGAAAGCAUUAUGGGACUCGUUCGCGGCUAACAGAGUGGCCAACGGUUUUGAUGUUGGUGUGACCGAGCACAAUACAAACGGCGCGCUGCCGGAGAUGGAGGGCGAGGACGCGCCCGCACUGGACCUCUGCGCGGACAAGGACGCCUGCGUACUGGAGCUCGACGAGGCUGAGGAUGUAGAAACAGCGCGUGCGCUAGCCAAACGUCACGUGAACAUGCAAGUGUACACGCACGGACUCAAACCCGUCGUCGGAGCUCCACCGCAGGCGUUUGCGCAGGUAUGGCGCGGGCGUCUGUCACUGGGCGGCGGCGGCGGCAGCGCGUGCGUGGAGCGACACGUGCGGCGCGCGCUCGACGGCGUCGCGUACAAGCUGCGCCGACUGCAGCCCGCCGCGCUCACCGCGCCGCGCUUCCAGCUCGAGCUGCCAGAGGACGAAAUUCAACUCAUAGUAUCAGGAGCAGCCAUUCCUCUUCAAGACCCGAACAGUCCUGAGGGGAAUACAGUGGAGAAUGGUCACCCUAGUAGUCACAGUAGUCACGGCAGUCACGGUAGUCAUGGCAACGGGACCGGAGACGCUGACGAUGACAUCUUCGAACUGGAUGAGGAGCAACUUGUUAAGAGUCCGCCUGAGUUACCUGAGGAGAAGAAUAGUAUUAAUGGACAGGUCCCGAGCGCGGUGUCUCUGUCGCCGCUGGCGCACGUGAGCGGCAGUCGCGUGUCGCGGCGGCUGUGCGCGCUGCGGCUCCUGUUCGUGCGGGAGACCACGGCCGUGCGGGAGCUGGGCGGGCUCAGCGGGUUCCUGCAUACAUUCACUUGUGAGGUGAUGGCGAUAGUCCGCGCUUACACGGCGGCGCUGGGCGGGAACGCGCUCACGUCCUUCUACAUCACACAGCUCAUGUUGCAAGACAAUGCGCAUAAGAAUCAGGGUCAAUGUCUCCUGUCCGUAGGAGGCGAUAUAGUACAUAUAACAUACUGA